AUUUGUCAUCACUAUUGUCGUAGACUCGUAGCUAUAUCAGUAUCGCUAAUUCGCCAGUCGUCGCUCGUCGGCUCGUCAGUCCCAGUCUAAAACUAUAAUGAGUAAUGUGUUUACUGCUUAAUCUAAAUCUCUAAUCUCCCUUCUCCCUCACCAGGACAACACCCCCCACUCAUCAAAUAUUUUUAUUUUUUUCCUAAGCCGCCUGUCCGGACGGACAAGAGAGAACGACUGAAUCUAAGUAGGGAGAGACAUGCAAUAGGUGUAAAACGUUACCUGUAGAGAGAAAAAGGUGAACAGGUUAUGUGAGAGAGACAGAAACGAAAAAAAGUUAUCGAAACAACCGACGAAUUUGGUCUACGGAUGUAAGUACGUGCAUAGGAAACACUCGAUCCGGCAAGCAGGCGACCGACCCGCCGCCGCUGUGUAAAAAACAAUAGUUCAGUUGAAUUAGCAACAGAAGCAACGCGUUCAAUUUGAAAUUCAAAUGCUGAUUUCAGUGUCAAGUUGAAGGCACUAACGAAAUUCGUUUCAUUUUUUUUCUAAUAUUGUAACAGCUUAAAUCACUAUGCCUCCUUACAAUUCUGUAAAAAGUCUACAAACUUUAGCUUUAGAACAGACAUGCAAAUACAUAUUAAAUAUAACUAAUAACAUAAAAAAAGAUGUAAAUGGAUCACGAGAAUAUUUUAUCCAUAAUGUACAUGCUUGGGCUAGGACCAACAUCCUGAACUAUACCAAAAUCUUACUGGAUAAUGGUGAAAAAGAUAAUGAAAUUUGGGGCGAACUCAACUGUGUAUUGAUUGAUACAAAUCCAUAUAUAAAAAUUUUGAGCGUUAAACUUAGUAUGUGGUUAAUAAUAUUAAAUGCCAUGUUGGACAUUGGAGUAGCUCGAUUACCACCUUUAUUUCUUCAUGGAGGAAUGGAAUUAGAAUUUCAAGAGUUUGUUUCUAUAUUGAAUCGUAACAAUACUCAUCUCAAAGAACUUUCUGUGACCUUUCAAAUGUCAAGUAAAAAUAAUUACACUCCUGCAGUGUAUGCCUCAAUGUAUAACCUUCAGAAAACAUUUCAUGAAGGUUUGGCAUCAAAACUUGUUCAUUUGAAGCUUGGUGCUAUUUGUGAUAAUGCAAUAUUGAGAACUAUUGGUGAACAUGCCUUAUGUUUAAAACAUUUAGAUGUAUCUGGAUCAUGGAAUGUUGAUGAAACUGGCAUCAAACAACUAUUAUUUAAAAAAGAUGUGUAUGUGGAAACAAUCAAUGUAUCAAAUGAAAUGCUGUGUAAAAAUCUCAGUCAUAUGUAUGAUAAUAAGUCAUUGUUGAAUAACUGUUGUUUCACUCUGGAAGAAUUACGAAUUCAGGAUACAAAUACAGAAGAUGCUAGUUUACUGAUGAUAAUUGCAUGUGUGAAGAGCCUUAAAGCCUUAGGUGGUUUCCUUUACUUUAGGAAUAUUGGUGAUGCUUUGGUAACUGUAUGGGAGAACUCUCCCAAGCCACGGAUAUUUCAGUUGACCGAGUUGUAUGAUAUGCAGUUAACAGGCAAAAAAAUAGCUGCACUCAAAGAAUGUCUACCAUAUCUAAAAAAGCUGUACACCCGACUAUCAUGUGUUUGUACGCCUGAAGAUUUUGCGGAUCCAGAACAAGGAUCAAUGUUUUGGGGUCGUGUACAAACAUUAACUAUUGAUCUUGAUUACAUGAUGAAUUUUCAUUUUAUCAAUUUUGUAUUUAACUAUGGUCGCAACUUGUCUGAACUCACUAUUCUUGAUCAGGAAGCUGAUAUAGAUGUAGCAAAACUCCUAGCAAGUUGUCCAAAUCUAUUAGUGCUUAAAGGAUUUUUACAUAUUUUUGAAAUGCCUGUCGGAAAAUUUUCCAAAUUAAAGUCAAUCGAAUUACAUAUGCCUACCGUUGAAACAAUUAAUUGGUUUUUCGAAAACUGCCCUUGCUUAGAAGAUGCCAAGUUGUAUAGUGAUUCGAGACACCUUUAUUGGAAUACACAAGUUUUUGAAAGACCACCAUUAAUCAUGUGCAAUAAUCUUAAAAGAUUGGAAAUUUCAUUCAACGAUGAACAUCCAAUUACUAACCAUCAGACAGUUAUAAAAUUUAUUGAAAAAUGUUCAAAACUUCAACAUUUAGGACGACUGGACAAAUGGAACUUAGACAAGAAGUUUGUAAAACAAGUAAAAUUAUACAUAAAAAAGAUGAACUACGAGCUUAACAUUUACUAG